UCCUCUCUCCGCUCACAGGCUCACAAUUCUUCAGCCGAGUUCACACAAGUUCAUGUUUUGUUUGUCAGCAAACAACGGAAAACACUAAACCCUCGACUGUCAUGUUAUCCUAUUGAAGUGAACAACAAUCAACUGUGAUGUCGGUGACAAACUCCAGCCCUUCGCGGGAUUCGGGCUAUACCAGUAUCAAUGCCAAUUCGUCGACGAGCCUCUCCAGCGCGAGCACUGAACUUCCUGAGGGUGAACAGCUGCCACGCGACUACAGCCGACUUUCUUUGUUUUCCACCGCAUCCAGCACAUCGCAGGAGGAACAAUUCCGAUGCGAAGGGCACGCGGAAAACAGUCUCUCUAGCAUGAGACACUAUCUAGAUGUUGGUAAACUCUGUGAUGUCACCCUUGUAGCUGGUGUUAAUGGCAAGAAAGUUCCAGCUCAUAGACUUGUUUUAUCCGCCGCUUCCGAAUACUUUGCCGCAAUGUUCACGUCAAACUUGCGCGAGCAGGGUGAACAUGAAAUUGUGCUCAAAGACAUCACCAAUGAUGUACUGCACUCGGUCGUGAACUACUGCUACACCGGCACAAUCGAGAUCCGCGAAGAUAACGUGGAAGCGCUCCUUGCGACUGCUUGCUUAAUGCAGCUUACCAAAGUGAUUGAAGCUUGCUCAAGAUUUCUUGCAAAUCAACUGCACCCCAGCAACUGUCUUGGGAUUGCAUUGUUUGCUGAACAUCAGAACUGCAACAGCUUGUUGCUAGAAGCUAACGCAUACACUAAUAAGAACUUUAUGCAGGUGAUAGAAAAUCAAGAAUUCCUCCAACUAACAGUAGAUCAGAUGUCUACACUGCUUUCUUCCGACGAGCUCAAUGUAUCUUUCGAAGAGCAAAUCUUUUAUGCGUUGGUGUCCUGGUUGCGCCACGACCCGCCUCGAAUGCAACACGUCGAAAAAUUGCUCUCCCUUAUCAAACUUCCCCUCUUGGACCCAGCUUUCUUGAUUGACCAUGUCGACCGAGUUCUAGGAGAUGACUCGAACUGCCAAAAAUUAAUAACCGAAGCCAUGAAGUGGCACCUUCUUCCAGCUAGGCGCUUCCAGAUGAUAUCCGCACGAACGCGCCCGCGUAAAGCCACACUGGGGCGACUUCUAGUUGUGGGCGGGAUCGACCGCAACAAAGGCGCGAUUACGAUUGAGACCUAUGAUCCACGCAGUGAUUGCUGGACUGUCGCACAUAACAUGAGCGGAAGGCGUUUGCAAUUCGGCGUCGCACUUCUCGGUGAUAAACUAUUAGUUGUCGGAGGCCGUGACGGCCUCAAGACUCUUAACUCUAUGGAGUGUUUGGACAUGGAAACAGGCGCAUGGACGCAUUUAUCCCAGAUGAAUACCCACAGACAUGGAUUAGGCGUGGCAGUGCUAGGCGGGCCAAUUUAUGCCAUCGGUGGUCACGAUGGUUGGAGUUACUUGAACACUGUUGAAAGAUAUGAUCCAAAUACAAGAUCAUGGAAUUACGUAGCGCCUAUGCAGAGUCAGCGAUGCAGUGCAGGGGUAGGUGUCCUAGAUGGUAAACUAUACGUGGUAGGCGGACGCGAUGGCUAUGUCUGCCUGCGUACGAUGGAGUGUUUUGAUCCGCACACGAAUAAAUGGACUGAAUGUGCGCCAAUGACAAGACGCAGGAGCGGCGUGGGUGUAGCAGUAGCCAACGGGUAUCUUUACGCGAUUGGCGGUCAGGAUGCGCCCGCGAAUAAUCCGGCAGCUUCCAGGUUUGAUUGCGUCGAACGGUAUGAUCCAAGGACUGACACAUGGUCAUCCGUCGCAUCACUCUCAAGCAAGCGGGACACUGUCGCAGCGUGUCUCUUUGGUGAUCGCAUUGUCGCAAUCGGUGGUUACGAUGGCAAUCAUUACCUCUGUACCGUUGAGCAGUAUGAUCCAGUAAGUAAUGAGUGGAUACAAUUGGCUCCACUUAUCACUGGAAGAGCGGGUGCUUGUGUUCUGCCGAUUCCAAACAGGCCAAGCAAGGAAGUUGGUUGAUCUUACAACCACUUCCUGAACCAAGCGCUCAAAGUAUUACUUACUGUCUUAUGCUUUAUUUAAAUCUGACAAUCAAUUCUACCAAAAUUAUCGAUUAUCGUACAAUGUAAGCAAAAGCAAUUAACUGUGAUGUGCAUACACUGCAUUGUGACUGAAGUUAUGUCUUGCAACUAAAUCUCGAAAUAUGUGAUUACUGUUUUUAAACAGAACAUCGGACUUGCAUUCCUAAGAAAAAAAUCUUCAAAUUGAAAUUUUGCUCCGAAAUACAAGUGACUUAUUAAAGUAUUCCUCGUACUCUUUAUAUCAUUACAUUAUACUUAUUAUGUAGCUUUAUGUAUAAUAUAAAAAAAUUGAGAUUCUAAAGCA